AUGGCCGCGGGGGGCACCGCCGAUUUCUUCUACCGCGAGUCGCAGCGGCUGGGCUACGUCGCCCGCUCUGCGUUUAAGCUGAUCCAGAUGCAGAAGCAGCACAAGCUCAUAGCGCCGGGCGCCGCCGUUCUCGACCUCGGCUGCGCCCCCGGCGCGUGGCUCCAGGUGGCUUGUCAGAACCUGGGCCCCCUCGAAAAGGGUGGCGUUGUUGUCGGCGUCGAUGUUAAGAAGGUGAAGGUCCCCUCUGCGCACUGUGACUCACGGGUCAGGACAGUCCGCGCAGAUGUCAUGACUCUGAUGAAGCAGCAGGCUCGGGCGAUGUCGCCGCAGGAACGAGGAUUCUCUGUGAUACUGUCAGACAUGUGUCCACCAGUUUCAGGGAUCACAACCAAAGAUGGAGCUAUAUCUUGUGAGUUGGGCAUGCGUGCUCUCUCGUUGGCAGUAGGGAAGAUAAAGUUAAAAGAGUCUGAUUACAGUGAUACUCUAGAGAAGUAUCUGAGCUCCACCGAGCCUGAUCCUGAUGAGGAUGGUGUUCUUCGUCGUGGAGGCAACCUAGUAAUGAAGUUUCUUGAGAAUGAGGACAUAUCAGGUCAUUAUAAGUUCUGA